AUGUCUCAUUUUUGCUACAAUCGUGGUUGUCAAAAAAGAUAUACGCCAACAAAUGAUGCAGCAAAAGAUGAUAAUGCUUGUCAAUAUCAUCCUGGUUUACCCUAUUUUCAUGAUGCUUAUAAAAUCUGGUCAUGCUGUCAAAAGAAAUCUCAUGAUUUUAGUGCAUUUCUGUCAAUGCCAGGUUGUACACGUGGUUCUCAUCAACCAAAUAAACCUGAAGAGCCAAUCGCUCCACAACCCGCUGAACAAGAACAAGUAGCUGUACCGAAGCUAGUUAUUCGCCAAGAAAUACCAAAACCAAUAGUACCUACUGUUGACCGACCACCGAUGGAUGCUCCAUUAACUCAGAUGAAAUUAACAGUAGCAGCAAGUUUAAAAGCAGCACUUGAAAAACAAGUUAAUACUCCAACAGCUGACGGCAAUCAAAAAGAGCAAAAUACUAAUGUUAUUAAGCCGGGUACUGCAUGUAAACAUGCAACAUGUGCAGCUCUAUAUACUACAGCUGAUCAAGAACAAAUAACAUCAUGUAGAUUUCAUCCAGGUGUACCGAUUUUUCAUGAGGGUAUGAAAUAUUGGUCAUGUUGCCAAAAGAAAACAACUGAUUUCGAAGCUUUUACUGCUCAGCCAGGUUGUACUGAAGGUGAACAUUUAUGGCGUGUUGAAGAUCAAUCGUCAAAGAAUGAAGAUGAUCCGCAAGUUCUCAAAUCAUCAUGUCGCUUUGAUUUUCAUCAGCAAGGUUCCACUGUUGUUCUUAGCAUUUAUGCUAAAAUGCCACGUCCCGAUCAAACACAAGUCGAAUUAAAUGCUGGCCGAUUAAAAGUUGAUACACGAUUUGGUACAGAUAUGCAAAAAAAACGUUUUCUAAAUGAAUGGGAACUAUUCGGAUUAGUCGAUGUUGCUCAAUCAACAGUCGAAUUAUUACAGAGUAAAAUAGAAAUAAUUCUUAAAAAAGCUGAACCACUUAGUUGGUCGCGACUGGAUCGACCAUUACAGUUAACCUAG